GUUUGCGUCUGGAGCCCGAGCGGCGCGAGCCGCCCUGACAGCGGGACCCGCCCCCUCCCCCCGUCCCGCACCCGCCGCCUCCGCCCCGGUCACCUUCCCGGCUGCUCUGAGGGCGCAGAGCGGGGUCCCCGCCCCCGGGUCCGGCUCGGGCCAGCGGCUGUCCCGGGCCGGCGGGGGGAUGAGCUGCGGCGGGGCGAGCAGCAUCCCCGGCCCCGGGGAGCCGCCGCGAGACCCCGCCGCCGCCGCCCCCCUGGAGCUGCCGGUCGCGGAGGAGAGCGCGGGGCUGCGGCGGCUGCAGCCCCAGGAGAAGCCGGCGGCCGACGACCCCCCCGGGGCGGGGCAGAGCAGCGGCUCCGGCGGGACCCCCCCGGGCCCCUCCGAGGGGAGAAGCGGCGGCUCGGAGAGAGCCCGGGGGCAGGCGGGGGCCGCGGGCGGCGAGAAACCCGAGACCCGCUCCGUGUGCGGCAGCGACAGCGGCAGCGACAGCAACCCCGGCGGCGCCGGCCCCAUCUGCAAGAUCUGCUUCCAGGGCGCCGAGCAGGGUGAAUUGUUAAAUCCUUGCCGAUGUGAUGGAUCAGUACGGUACACACAUCAAUUGUGCCUCUUAAAGUGGAUCAGUGAAAGAGGGUCAUGGACCUGUGAGCUCUGCUGUUACAGAUACCAUGUUAUAGCAAUUAAAAUGAAAAAACCUUGCCAGUGGCAAAGCAUUACAAUAACACUGGUUGAGAAAGUGCAGAUGAUUGCUGUAAUCCUAGGAUCUCUGUUCUUAGUAGCAAGUGUGACUUGGCUACUAUGGUCAGCCUUCAGCCCCUAUGCAGUAUGGCAAAGAAAGGACAUCCUUUUUCAAAUCUGCUAUGGAAUGUAUGGUUUUAUGGAUCUAGUGUGCAUAGGACUAAUUGUACAUGAAGGUGCAUCAGUUUACAGAGUGUUUAAGCGCUGGAGGGCUGUUAAUCUUCACUGGGAUGUAUUAAAUUAUGACAAAGCUACAGACAUAGAAGAGAGCAAUCGAGGAGCGUCUUCACCGGGUAGGACAUUGUGGUUACCACUAACUGCAUUUAGAAACAGAAAUUUAAUUCAUCCAACACAGUUAACCUCUCCAAGAUUUCAGUGUGGCUAUGUAUUGCUGCAUCUGUUCAAUCGAAUGAGACCUCAUGAGGAUUCAUCAGAAGACAACAGUUCUGGAGAGGUUGUGAUGAGAGUAACCUCAGUGUAAAGAUAAUGCUCACUGUGCUACACAAAUAAGGAUAAUGUGCCCUGGAUUUUACAGUACUCCGGAAUGUAGUUGCAAUGAAUGGUGAUACCAUAGCACUUCUAAAAAUAUUUACAACUUUUAAAACAUUUAAUGCUUUUUAUAUGAUCAGUUG